AGUCGUGCUGAAAGAGGAUGAACGCUGCAGUGGAACUUGUCGUGUUAUUUUCUGUUGUUUCCCUGGGAGCAAGUCAGGUCCCAGUUCCCAAACUACCCCCAGGACACACGUACGGGAAUGGUUCCAGUAGUGCUCCUAUUCAGUUGGAUUUCUUUAUAGAUCUGCAAUGUUCUGAUACCAAGGAGGCAUUCCCGACUUUGCUACAGGUGGCAGACUAUUAUGGUGGGAAGAGGUUGCGACUUCUUUUUCAUUUCUUUCCAUUGCCCUACCACCGCAACUCUUACGUUUUAGCACAGGGGGCAGAGCUCAUCGCUGCCAAGAACAAUGAAGCCGUGGCGUUGGCAUAUAUGAACGCAGUCUUCAGAGUACAGGAUAGGUUUCUGAACAAACCAACUGAGAACAAAUCUGCCAUUGCUAUUAUCAGUGAUGUGGCAGCUGUAGCAAGGACAGUGGGUGUAAACCCGAGCCAGUUUAUAAAUGAAUUGGCCAACUACGACAGUCCAUUGAGAACCCAGUGGAAAUAUGGAUGCACAAGAGGAGUAGCCCAGACACCUGACUUCUUCAUAAAUGGAAUACAAAUCGUUCAGGCCACGCCAUCUUGGUCGCUUAAGGACUGGAAGAAAAUUAUAGAUCCGCUAUUGACCAUUUUAGAUUAGUUUUGUAUAUAGAGGCCAAAUUUUGCUUUACAGAAUCGUUAAUUGCUUUGCAAAGUCGA